CUUUGCGUUGAUGUCAGAUGUCUGACGAGACGCGGUCGCGGCUGGCAGUGGGGAAGACGUCCUAGAGAGAGUAUGCGGCGCCGCUCCGGCUCCAUCAUGGCGGCGGCCGUGCGCGCUGUGGGCUGUCUCCCAACCCUGUGCGGCGCCCAGGCAGGUCAUUUCCUAUGCAGGCAGUUCUCCCUAACCACCUUUCCAGCAGCAGCUUCCUUUUCAACAGUAAAGCUUGCUUUCAGCAAUGGUGCUUUGUCACCCAAGGAAGCAAGACACAGCCACCACCUUGGCAUUUUGAGCCAUGCGCUACAGACACAGUGCCGCAUUUCUUCUUCCAGUGUCUUGCUGGGCCAGCAGUACAGACCCUAUAGCUUCUUCACUAAAUUGACAGCAGAAGAACUCUGGAAAGGCGCUUUAGGAGAGACUGGUGCUGGGGCAAGAAAAGGAAGAGGCAAAAGAACAAAGAAAAAGAGAAGAAAGGAUUUGAACAGGGGUCAGCUCAUUGGUGAAGGGCGUUCUGGUUUCCUGUGGCCUGGCUUGAAUAUCCCUGUUAUGAAAAGUGGAGUGGUACAGACAAUUGCCCAGAGAAACAAGGAAGAGCAGAAGAGGGUGGAGGCUGACAUGGUCCAGCAGAGAGAAGAGUGGGACCGGAAGAGGAAGAUAAAAGUUAAACGGGAGCGUGGAUGGAGCGGAAAUACAUGGGGCGGUGUCAGUAUUGGCCCCCCUGACCCGGGCCCCAACGGAGAAACAUACAACGAUUUUGAUACCAGAGUAAUUGAGGUGCGAAAUGUUUUCAAUAUGACAGCAAAAGAGGGAAGAAGGAAAUCGGUCCGUGUCCUGGUUGUUGUGGGGAAUGGAAAUGGGGCUGCAGGUUUUGCUAUUGGAAAAGCCGCUGACCGGGCAGCUGCUUUCAGGAAGGCAAAGAACAGAGCAAUUCAUUAUUUGCAUUAUAUAGAGCUGUAUGAAGGCCAUACAAUAUUCCAUGAUAUUUCACUAAGAUAUAAGAGGACACAAAUCGCGAUGAAGAAACAACCCAGAGGUUAUGGCCUCCGCUGCCACAGGGCUAUCAUCACCAUCUGCCGGCUCAUUGGCAUCAAGGACAUGUAUGCCAGGGUUUCUGGGUCCAUGAACUUGAUCAACCUCACCCAGGGCCUCUUCCAAGGACUUGCCCGCCAGGAAACCCAUCAACAGCUGGCUAACAAGAAGGGUCUCCAUGUGGUGGAAUUCCGGGAGGAAUGUGGCCCUCUGCCCAUUGUGGUCGCCUCUCCCCAGGGUACCUUGAGCAAGGAACCAGAACCUGAACCCGAAGUUCCAGACAUCAAACUGGACUGGCAAGAAGUGAAAGCCAUGCAGGGAAUGAAGCGCUCUGUGUGGGCAGGUUUAAAGAGAACACACACCUGACCACUGACUGACGUGGUCCAGCCAGUGCUUGGUGCUGCUCAGCACUUGGGAGAGACUCUGCCCCUCACACGUGACCUCUCUCUCUCUCUCUCCCUCUGACCUUCUUUGUUUGCAAAUAAAUAAUUAUAGCAUUGAUUUAUUGAGCACAUGGUAUAUACCAGUCAAUGUGAUAGGAAUUUUGUUUAUGCACAUAGAAACACAGUUAGUACUUUAUGCAUUUAAACUAUUGAAAAUAAGUGACUAGGGAGACAGAACUAGACCCAAUUGAUCAUAUGUACAGAAAUCAUUGCUGUAAUAAUUAUAGGUAAUUAUUAUAGAAUAUACUGAUUCAUCCCCAAAUGAGUGUUUUCUGCUUCAUUUUACAAAGCUGAGUACCUUGACUGCAUUGAGGGACUACAGACUGUUUUCCACAGCAGCUGAACCAGUUUACGUUCCAACAAGCACUGUGCCAGGGUCUCUCCACCCUCGCCUGCAUUACUCUGUCUUUAGGCAAUCAUCAUCCUAGAGUGAAUGAAGUGGGCCUCAUUGUGGUCUUCACUUGAGACCACAUGACCACAUUAGCCCUCAUGACUAAUGAUGUUGACCAUCUUUUCAUGUGCUUAUGGGCUGUUCAUAUGUGUUUUGGGAGAAAUGUCUAUUCAGAUCCUUUGUGUAUUUAAAAAAUUGGAUUAUUUGUGUUUUUAUUAUAGAAUUGUAAUUGUUCUUUAUGUAUUCUAUAUCUAAGUCCCCUAUCAGAUGUGCGAUUUACAAAAAAUUUCUCAUUCUGUGGAAUAUA